GCAGCACUGGGUGCAGGAGGCGCAGGCGGGCAUCCGCGCCCGGCAGCGUGGUGCGCGCCCUUCCGCCUCCGAACACACAGCGCGCAACGUCGUCAUGUUCCUCGGCGACGGCAUGUCCGUCACCACGCUGGCGGCGGCGCGCACGCUGCUCGGACAGCGUCAGGGCCGCCCCGGGGAGGAGUCUCAACUCGCAUUUGAGUCUUUUCCUACCGUGGGAUUAUCUAAGACAUACUGCGUGAACUCCCAAAUCGCGGACUCAGCAUGCACUGCGACGGCGUACCUGUGCGGCGUGAAGAACAACAACGGCAUGCUGGGCCUGACGGCGGCCGUGCCGCGCCGGGACUGCGCCGCCGCCGCUGAGCCCGCAACGCACCUCGAAUCCAUCGCCGCCUGGGCACUCGCCGCCGGCCGCGACGCCGGUAUUGUGACGACAACGCGCGUAACUCACGCCUCGCCAGCCGGAGUGUACGCGCGUGCGGCCAACCGCAACUGGGAGAGCGACGCCAACGUGCGUCAGGACGGCCAGGACCCCGCGCUCUGUCGGGACAUCGCCUAUCAACUCGUACAUUCAUUUCCUGGUAAUCAGCUAAAGGUAAUUUUGGGUGGUGGACGAAGAGAAUUUUUACCUACGUCGAUUGUCGACGAGGAGGGCACACGGGGCCGCCGUACUGACAACAGAAAUUUGAUAGAAGAGUGGCAGCGAGAAAAAAUGGAACGCAACGUCACUUACCAGUACGUGUGGAACCGCGAGCAGUUGUUGAGCGCGGCUGACGACCUGCCCGCUUACCUUCUGGGGCUAUUCGAAGGAAGCCAUAUGCAGUAUAACUUGGAGGCAGACAACCGCACCGAACCCACUAUCGCUGAAUUAACUGAAGUUGCGAUUCGCUCAUUGAGUCGUAAUGAAAAAGGUUUUUUCCUGUUCGUUGAAGGCGGUCGAAUCGAUCACGCCCACCAUGACAACUUAGCGGAGCUGGCGCUGGACGAGACGUUGGAGAUGAGCGUGGCCGUGGCGCGCGCCGCCGAGCUGCUCUCCGAGGACGACUCGCUGAUCGUCGUGACGGCGGAUCACGCCCACGUCAUGACGCUUAACGGCUACUCGCCGCGCGGCAACGAUAUACUCGGCCCCUCCAACGACCGCGACGAGGCGGGCGUGCCCUACAUGACGCUCUCCUACAGCAACGGACCUGGCUUCAGGCCCCACGUCAACGGCACGCGUGUCGACGUCACUACAGAGCCUAAUUACAGGCGAAUCGAGUGGAAGAGUCACGUAGAUGUGCCACUCGAGUCGGAGACGCACGGCGGCGAGGACGUGGCGGUGUUCGCGCGCGGACCGCAGCACGCGAUGUUCGCGGGACUGUACGAGCAGAGCCAGCUGCCGCACCUGAUGGCUUACGCCGCCUGCAUCGGCCCCGGCCUGCACGCCUGCAGCGCCGCCGCAACACAUCUCUUGGCUCCGGCGCUUCUUACAACGAUCGCUUUGCUCAACAUGUUAAAACGAUGAGGACAGAUUCUCAGUUAAUUACGUUUUUACAA